CCAAACACGCAAAAAUAAUGCAAAUGCUGAUUUUUUGACUGCAUUAGCUCAAUCAGACUCAUUUGGGAAGUAUGCAAAGUGGAACAGCAACCAAACGCGCGUCGUUAGCCACACGGGCCCGGUUUCUGUUCGUGUGGGAAGAGCUUCCAGCGUGGCAGCGUCUCGUGAUGGGGGCACAAGACGAGGGUAGCCGGCGGCCGCCGCCGCCAGAGCCCACCCCUGGCCAGCCCGCCGCAACCGCGGGCACGGCGCCGCCGCCCAUCACCCCAGCCCAGUUCCUCUCCUGGAAGCAGCGGAAGGAUGCAGAAGAAGCUGCAGAGAAAGCUGAAGCGGCUCAGAAGCGAGCCGCGGAUAUAGCUUCAGGAGCAGUUCAGAUGAAUGGCCGAGAGUUGUUCCAGCAUGAACCCUGGGUGUUUGACAACAACAUUUACUGAGACAACUAAAUCCUGCAGAAACACACAGAGCAUGCAUGUAUGCCAUGUUCACUGUCAGAAUCCCACACCAUAAGAGUUUGUACAAGCCGUUUGAGCUCUGUUUUAUGGAACCCGUACAUUGUUUUGCUACUGAUAAAUGGGAACAAAGACAGUUCUCUACAA